AUGGGCAAUCAACCUUCCCGAGAGUCGCGGAACAAGAGGUCGAAGAAGAGCAAAGGCUCGAAGAGCAAGACAUCGAAGACCAAGGCCUCCAAGAGCAAAGCGUCGCGCAGCAAAGCGUCGGAGAGCAAAGUGGCCGAAGAAAGACCACUCUUACGGGAGAAUCUACACACACAUACUAGUCAAGUCGCUCAGGCUGCUGCUCGCGCUGCCUUUCGGGGCGAGAAUCGUCCUUCACGGCAUGUUACAGCUACAAAACCGAUCACUGACUGGCUCUCAGACUUUCCAGAUACUCCGGCUCCGCCAAUGCCCUCGCCGAAUGCCGCACAGAUUUCGCCUACGAAGAAGGGAGCGGAUCUGGGGCGGGACUUAGCCAGGAAGAGAUCGCAAGACUUCAAGUCCAAGAUCGAAGGUUGGAAUGAGGGUGGAGCGGGUGUUGCGCAAGAGCAGAAUGAGGUUGUUGUGGUCGUAGAGGAGGAAGAGGAGGCGGUGAACCAUGGCGCAGAUCAGAGCGGCAGUGAGGCGGCAACAGCAGAUCCCGUCCCAACCACGCCGAAGACGCCAAAGUCGGACGGCAAGGCUGCGAACAACCAAGCGUCGAACCGCAAAACUUCGCGAGAGAUCGAUACACAGAAGAAGGCAUGGGUGAGACGAAGGUCAAAACCAGCGGUUGAGAUAUCGCCAGACGUCAAAGCGGCCACAACGCCUAAGAAGCGUCUGGUCAGCGAUGGCCACUGGCGCAGAGAUCGCGUGGUAAAGAAGGAGGAGCCUAGUCCUGAGAAGGAUGAGAAGGAUACUUCCAAGGACAUAACCCCGAAGCCAGUAACUGUUCGUAGAAGUGUGGUCAGUGUUGGCUUAAAAGUGCCACCAUCCACCCAGGACUUCGUGGAACAGCGCGAGCCGCGCAAGGUACCACGAAGAUCCCGUUCGCCGGGAUAUGCUGACAAUAGCGAAAGCGCGCCCGAUUAUGAGUCGCCCGGCACGAAGGUCUACGUCAAGCCGCGGCGGCGGCGGUCAAGGACGCUCGAUGAGCAAGGUAAGGUGAGAGUACCGGCGUCGGAUAGCAGCUUUACAGCCCCUUCUUCGGCCGGCAAGCCGAGCACGAGCACCGACAUCACGACACCCGAUCCAUCACCAACGAAGGACUACACACCUCGACCACGCACUGCUCCUAAGGAGAGGACCGCAAGCAAGAUUGUAGAUGACGUGCAGACCCGCAAUCGCUCUUCCGACGCGGAAGACGCGCCUCGUCGCGUCAGCAGAGGCAAGCAGAGGCUAGCACCCCGAGCUGAAGACGACAAGCCAGCGAAGUCUCGAAUACCAGCAAACAAGCCUCCUCAUACGCCUAUACCGAAGUUUCCUGGCGGUGGUGGUCGCAUUCAGGGAUGGCUGGCUGAGAUGCCAGAAGAUCCAUUUUCUGCUCCCUCAGAACCUUCCGUCGUAUCCGAUGAGCCUCGCCACACUAACAAGCGUACAUCUGAUGGUGACGAGUUGCUUGAGUCAAGUCGGCGGAGAAGCGGCGGCAGAGCGAGGCGAUCAAAACCAAGUCCAGAGCCCGUCGUGACGCACGAGGCACCUCAAGGCUGGAACUCGAUAGAUGACUGGGUCAACGACUCAACCCCAACAAAUCUGAAGCGUAGGGGUGCGCGCCGCAACACACAGUCUCCGGUUAAGGACCGGGCGGUACGUGGAGUGAGCGCGGCACCUUCGGACCGUCAAUCGACCAUUAUGGAAGGCAGUGUGCUGUCGCGAGCUAGCGAUGGCGAUGAACCUGCGCUCAAUGGGCCCGGACUCAAGCGCAGACUGACGAAGCAUUCGGACCUGAUGUCGGUGCUUUCUACAACACGCGAUAAUAACAGGAUCGCGCCUGCGCGGAGCAUGCGAACACGCCGGGUCAGCCGCAACAAUGCUUCCGUCCCCGAUUUGAUGAACGAAAUCUCUACGGACGAGCUCAAGUACCAGCGGGAACUGCGAACACUGGUCGAUGGUGUCAUACCGGUACUACUUACGUAUGUCAUCUCGAAGAGCGACGCGAGCAAAGCAUCUGGUUCACGGAAGAGCUCUUUGCACGACAAUCCAGCCUUGACGCAACCAAUCUACGACAUGGGAGUAUCGCUUGAACGACUCAAGACUAGCCACAAGCGGAUACCGAUGCACGACGCGAACGAGCUUCUGUUGUGGGCGCAGACAACCGCCAAGGUCUACUCAGAGUACCUAAGGGUGUGGCGGCUGGGCUUUGAGGACAUAGUUGUCAACCUGGCGCCCGCUAACGAGUCCAGCAAUGAUGGCUCUUCGAAGUGGGACAACGGCAUCCAGCAACCCGGCAAAGACACAGCAAGCAGCGAUGAACAGGUGGAUGUCGCCUACCUCCUCAAACGACCUUUGGUGCGCAUCAAGAACCUGAGCAAGACGUUGAAAGCGAUAUGCCAGAUCAAGCCAUCAGCACUUGCAGACGAUGUUGCCGCUGCAUACCAGGACCUCGUCGCAGACGCUCGACAACGAUCAAAUGAUGAGCGCGCACGAUUAGAAGAUGAAGCAGCUGCAGCAGUCGACCCUACGCGGGCACGCGACCCGCGAAAUCUGGUGCAGCUCAAUGGCGUCAGGAUUGACCCAGCCAGAAGUGUGCGGGCUAGAGACUACUUUGACAUGGAGCUCUACCACUCGAGCGGACAGCAAGUCGGCUGCAAGGUCGAGCUCAUAAGACGAGACAACCCACCAAGACUCAGUGGAGCCGGAGAUGUGCUAUUCUGCGAAGUGGACGUGUCUGGACGCUGGCUUCUCUUCCCACCUAUUCUCGCCAAUUAUGUCACGGCACGCAGAGGCGACAAGGACGGCGAGCUCGUGGUCAUGGUCCGCGGCCUCACAGCAACUGAGGCUGAGUGGCGUGAGGUCAUGUCUCUACAAUCAAGCGAGGAUCAGUCCGAGGAAUGGCUCGAUAUGCUCGGAUCCGACCCCAUGCCUCCUAGACUCACACGGCAGUCGAGUUUCAAUGCGCUCAGGAUACCUUCGAGAAGCUACGAUGAGCCUCCGUCACCGACUGAAUCGGAGGUACCCAUCGGUGAGCAGGCGGGAGCAUCGGCGCCUAGAUGGGACGGCAGCGAGGUUAAUAGCUCGUUUGACGAGCCAUCUUUUGCACAAUCACCAAGUGCGAGGCCGAAGCGGUAUCAUGGCGCUGCCUCUUCUCCGCGAGCACACAUUGAUACGAUUGCUGAAGAGCGGCCGAGCAGCGCACAUGACCGUCUCCCCGAAAAUCAGAAGCGAUCAAGAUACCACCAUGUCAGGUCUAAGACUGAGGGGACUUCUGGUCAUGAGUCUAAUCGGCCAGGGAUGGACUACAGCACCUGGUCGCCGUCUCCAGAGCAUGCCUCAGACUACAGUGCUGAUGAGGAUGACCGACCUGCCGGAAGGCCGACGAUGCAUAGACGGACUUCUUCUGUGCCCUCUCAAGACAUGCCGACGAUCAAUAAGCUUAGGAAGACCACUGCGCCUAAGGAGGGCCUUCGUGGUACUGCGACACCGAAGACACAUGUCGAGGACCCGUCGUCUGCGCCGGCUAAGCUGCAGAAGAAAUCGCCUAACAAAGACGACUCCAGGUUGCCACCAACGCCUACGCAAUCGUCGAGGCCAAGCUCCAUGGGCUUGCGAUCUGGAUUACUGCCAUCACUCACGCCAGCGUUCAUGAAGAAGCAUCGCCGGUCAUCGUCGCCGCUCAAGCAUGAGUACGAACCUUCAACCGCCAGUGACUCUUAUUCUGAUAGCGAAUACUCUGAUGAAGACGAUGGCGAGUCCAUCACAUCCGAGUCGACAGUGGAUGAGGCUAUCUCAACUCUCGGAGAGCUCAAGGACUUCACCAGACCACUGAACGUCAAGCCUGCGAGAGCUCCUUCGCCCAAGUCCUCGCCUUCGUUUGAUCAACCCGAGGAUACUCUGCGGCCCUCCGACUCACCUUCGCAAGCACCAUAUCGGACUGUACCGCCAAGCACAAAUGGCUCUGCGAAGUCACUGGCUUGUAUCCUCUCAUGGAACGAUCGCGGAUCAUGGGACAGCAUGCAUCCAGAAGAGUGCGAGAUAGUGGUUACGCCCGGCUUGAUCGAAGCCUUCGACCUAGCACAAGCUCAUGCUGUCGCCGGCAAGAUUAACGACCUUUCGGGCGCCAGUCCAUCGACACAUGGUGUCAAGCCUCUGAUCGCUUUGGAGUUGACGCCACUUGUACCGCUGCGCCGUGGCACUGCUCUCGACAUCUCAAUCCGCUCUCCACCGACAGCAAACUCCGUGUUACGUAUGAGCGGCAACAUUAUGCUCCGCUCGCGCAGCCCAGAAGAGUGCGAGAGGCUCUAUAACCUGAUCAACCGCGCUCGCAUUGAUAACCCGACCUGGAUCGCUCUUCAAAACGCCCGGGGACCAAUGCCAACCAGCAACUGGGCCGAAACAAUGGACCGCAGGAACGCGGCGCGAGGCAAUGGCUCACCGUCAUGGAUCAAGUCGCUGUCGCGCAAGGGCAGCAGCUACCGCUCUAAAGGUGCCCGAUCGGCUUCUAUCGCUGGCAGCCAGUCUUCCGUCGGCACAAUGAAUUCUGCCAUGUCUGCCCUCCGCAAAUUCAGCAACGGGAGCCGCAUCUUCAAUAUCGCCAAGAGCACCAUCGUGUCACGAGAAGGCACGGGGAGUUCCGGCAGCGACUCCCUUGAUUCAGGCGCUGCUACACCUACGUUUGAUCUUAAUAUGGGCACACCCCUCGGCGUCACGAAUACCAAAUGCCGCCUCUACGCUCGCCACGAUGCGUCGAAGUGGCGGGACAUGGGCUCCGCGCGUUUGACGAUCAUGCUCCCGCCUCGGCCUGAUCCUAGUAUACCCGUGGAUCCUAGUACGACGGGCAUGACGAAGCGGGUGCUUGUAACGGGCAAGUCGAGGGGUGAGCAGUUGCUCGAUGUCACGCUUGAGGAGCGAUGUUUCGAGCGCAUUGGGAGGACGGGGAUUGCGAUUACAAUAUGGCAGGAGCUUGUGGGACCGGAUGGGACGCUGGGGAGAGCGGCGGCCACCGGCGGGGUGGGGUCUUCGCAGACGAGGACGUUUAUGCUGCAGAUGAAAUCGGAACGAGAUGCAGCGUUCACUUUCAGUAUGGUCGGGAAACUGCGGUACUAG